AGUUAAGGGGUUAAAAAUGAAAAGUGUGUAAUAAAAAAAAUAUAUAUGUGAAGUAUGUGUGUGUGUGGUCGAUCGUGAGAAGGCCAGGAGAAAGUUCUCCAUCUCAAAACCCUAAGAUACUAAAUUCCAUCAAAUUGAAAAGGGAAUCAAGGAUUUUUCAAAUGCAUGAGCCAAGAACUUCAACUAUCUAAGUGUUCUUGACAUCUAGAACAAAGAAGGAAGAAGGCGCAAGUCACACGAAAUCACAAGCAUCUCAAGAUCGCGAUGGCCGAUAGAGUGAACGUGAAUGACGACGAUGAAGCACGCCGAAAUGAAAUAAGAACUAUGGUUGUGGAAGAGGUAAAGAAAGCAAUUGAGGCUAGUAUACCCCGACUAGCUCAGGAAGUCGAGGGGCAAGUAUUAGAGGUAGCUAAUACCGUGGUAACAUCUAAGGUGGAAGAAUUGAAAGAAAUGAUUAGUGAACUGCAAGUGAAGAAAAGCAAACGGAGAUGUACGUACAAAGAGUUCAUGGCAUGUAAUCCCUUACCAUACAAAGGGGAUGUUGAUCCGAUAGCUUGCCAAAGGUGGAUUUCAAGCACUGAAGCCGUGUUUACACGAAGUAGAUGUGAAGUGGAAGAUCAAGUAAUGUUUGCCACGGGCCUCCUACAAUUUCGAGCAAAAGAUUGGUGGGAUGCAUACUCGAAGGAAUUGGGGGAUGAUAAAGUACAGUCGUUAACAUGGCAAGAAUUCAAGGAGUCAUUCCUGAAAUAUUAUAGUCCACAAUCCGCAAUUGAUAGGAUUCAGGAAGACUUCUUGCGUCUCAGACAGAAGGAUGAAACGAUUGACGAGAUAACAAACAAGUUCCUUGAAAGGGUGAAGUUCUGUGAGGAGAUAGCGGGGACGGAGAGGCAAAGGAUUGUACGUUACCAUGCUAUGCUAAAGGCCGAAUAUCGGGAAUUUGUAAAUCCCUCCAAGUGUGCAACGUUGAAUGAACUAAUUGAUUGGGCAAGAGACAGAGAAAUUGAAAUAAAAAGGCAGGUUGAACGGGGAGAAAAAAGGGUAGCGGGGAAGCCUACCAACGCAAGCCCAUCGAAAAAGGCAAGACACCAAGAUCAAAGCAAGAAAGGGAAAGCAAGUGGUGAAAUCCCGACCUGCAAGACGUGUGGGAAGCAUCAUUCGGGUGAAUGUUUGUCGGGAAAGAAGGGGUGCUACAAAUGUGGGCGAGAAGGACAUCCGUUUUAUAGGUGCCCAGAAAACUCAAAGGCGUGUUACAAUUGCAAUGAACCGGGGCACAUUAAAGCGGAAUGUCCGAAACUCCAACAAGGGGCAAAGAGAGAUGGAAAGAAGGACGAGCCCCCCAAGGCUCGCGGAAGGAUGUUUCAGUUAACCUCGGAUGAAGCUAAAGCUAGCCCGGACGUGGUUUCAGGAACAAAGAAGGAAGAAGGCGCAAGUCACACGAAAUCACAAGCAUCUCAAGAUCGCGGUAAAUCCCUUGCUUGAUUGCGGCGCACCCGAACCGAACACACACACGAAACGUCGACUUUAUGCGCUUCCGGUCCAAGUUGUUUGUUUUGAUGGGUUAACUUACCAUUUUGUUUAGUAAAUGUUAUUUUGUAAGUGUCUAGUUUGUUAGUAAAAAGUUUGGGUACUAAACUUUUGUGUAGUUUGUACAAAAGGUUCAUGGCGAACCAUAUACGGUCUGAACAUUGAUUAUGUUGGAAAGUGUCGUAGUAUUAAUAGUAAUGGUAUUGUUAAACACAGGGAGAAGGGUACCUAUUACGAACGGGUCAUG